AUGACGACCCUAAAACCGCCAGUAACAUUCCACCACAACACGCAUGCACACCUCCUACCACAGAUCCAUCAAAUACAUCGAGACUGUAUCUUGCAAGAUCAUCAAGUCCUCGCCUUCCUACCGAACGAGAACGGUACCAUCGAUGAAGCAGACCUAGCAGCUUACUGGGAAGACCAAUGCCAGCCACGAACUGCUCCAGCAUACCGAGAGCUGCUGCUUCAACUUGGAGAUGAUGAACAAGAAGUCCUGGGAUUCGUCGUUUUGGAUAUGCCGUAUGCUGAGACUGGUCCUUUUCGGGGCUUUGUGCAGAAGCUGAUGGUUUCCAUACAUCAUCGCCGCAAAGGCGUUGCUCGGAAUUUACUGAAGCAUGUGAGGAAAGUCGCCCAGGAGCAUGGCAGGACUCUUCUUAUGCUCGACACACCCGUCGGUCUCCCGGCCGAGCAGAGUGGGAUCUUCGAGAAAGCUGGCUACAUCGAAGUCGGGGUCAUUCCCAACUUCAGCAUCAGUCCCAAGGACGGAACGCUCAUUGCCGAGAAGUUCUUCUACAAGGAUCUUAGAUCUACGAAGGGAUUCUGCAACGGCCACGCACAGAAUGGUCAUAUUUAUGGCCAGCAUUCUUGA